AUGAGCUGGGUGGUUGAGGUUGACGAUGACCUCAACAAGAUGAGCGAUGCUUCAACAGAGAUGGAGCUCCUCAAGAAAAAAUCCAUCUACAGAAAUGGUGACGAGUCCAUCAACGAGAUGAUCCAUAAGUUCUGUAAUCCCGACUCUCGUGACAUUCCUCCACCGACGGGAACAUGCUUGCACGUACUUGAUAUGUUUCGGAAAAGCCUUCUCAUGAAACCCUCCGUCACCAUCUCCAUGACCGGCAUCGGCAUGGAUACUGGAACUGUCACUAGAAUCGGUACCGCCACGGCUACUGGAACCGGUACCGGUACUGGCACGGGCUCUAAAACCGGCACCGGAAUCGGCACUGGCACUGGCCGCGGUGCCAGCAAACAAGAUAGAAGCACAGGGCUACGGAAAGGACAGCAUCACGACGAAUUAAUUCCGACCACGCGAUCCGCAACCGAGUUGAACGAAGCCGGUGUCCGAUUCAAGGGAAUAAAAAAAAGUCCGAGCAUCAAAGACAUCUCAUUCGAAGGAGUACUGAGCCUCCCCACCUUCGUAAUCGACGACACCACAAAAUCGACAUGUUUGAACAUGAUAGCUUUUGAACACUGCCAUGUCGGCGCCGACCAUGAGGACUUGACGAUAGAUCCGGCGAGUAAGCUGGGGUCGGUGAAUUUGGCGAUGAGUCGGUACUGCGAGAGGAGGCGGAACAGGUGGCGAGCCAACCUGAUACAUACUUACUUCACCAAUCCAUGGACUCUUAUCUCCGUGGUGGCCGCCGGUGUUCUUUUUGGUCUCACCAUAGCUCAAACUGCCUAG